AGCGCCCUGCGGUGUCGGGGGAACAGGCGGAGCGGGGGUGGAAGGAGAGCACUAACCACUGCUGGAUUUGCGGGUGCGCAGGGCUGGGAGGGAGGGGCCGCAGCCCCUCGGAAUCGCACUCCGGGGUGGGAGGCCGGUGGUUAAGCGCGCUGUUGCUUUGUAAAAAUGCGUGUUGUCUUCAGGCGUUCUGGCUGGGGCGGGGAGGGGACACCCCAGGAGGUCUAGAGCUCUACUCCUUAUGCCAUCCCCCCACUUUUUUUUUUUUUUUUUAAAUUGCAAAGAUGGAUUCUUUAAAAAGAUGAUUCUCUGGCUCUUUGCUGAACUGAAAGAGAGCAUAUUAAGCCUCCUGGGGAUUUAAGCGUGCAAAUUCUGCUGCCGGAGAGCCGGGAGCUCCAGAGUAGGACAAUAGCUAUUGUCGUUAGGGAGUGCUUGCUGAUGGUUGGGAGCACGGGGCGGAUGUGAGGCUGGACUUUCUUUAAAGCAAACGGUGCCUCUUAGACUGGGUCACCAUGGCUGACCGAGCUGCUGCUGAGAGAGCCUGCAAGGACCCGAACCCCAUCAUUGAUGGCAGGAAAGCCAAUGUGAAUCUGGCAUACUUGGGCGCAAAACCAAGGAUCAUGCAACCAGGUUUUGCCUUCGGUGUUCAACAGCUUCAUCCAGCCCUCAUACAAAGACCUUUUGGGAUCCCCGCCCACUACGUGUACCCGCAGGCGUUCGUGCAGCCCGGCGUGGUCAUCCCGCACGUGCAGCCCACGGCCGCCGCCGCCUCCACCACGCCGUACAUCGACUACACGGGCGCCGCCUACGCCCAGUACUCGGCGGCCGCCGCCGCCGCCGCCGCCGCCGCCGCCUACGACCAGUACCCGUACGCCGCCUCCCCGGCCGCCGCCGGCUACGUCACCGCGGGGGGCUACGGCUACGCCGUGCAGCAGCCAAUCACCGCCGCCGCCCCCGGGACGGCCGCCGCCGCCGCCGCCGCCGCCGCCUUCGGCCAGUACCAGCCGCAGCAGCUGCAGACCGACCGCAUGCAGUAG